AUGUUUAAUUGGUUUCAUAAAGGUGAAAAGGAUUGGCAAAAUCUUCCCAAGGCUGAAACUUGCUUCUACAAAUUAAAAUUAUGUGAAGAUUAUGACAAUAAUGAAAUAGGCAAUCUUCAUGUAGUUUUGAAUUCUGUUUUUUCCAAGUUUAAUGAGGGAUUUGAGGAAGAAAUCAUUCAUAUCAACGAAGAAGUUGAUUCAAUGGGAUAA